UGAGGUUCCGUGCAGUCAAGUUGUUCCAGUGUCUGUGUCCAGAGAAUUGGAGGCCUCAAGCCUAAAGUCCUGCAGCCACAAGUCGGUCAUCAGAACCUUGUUUGGCGGCUGCAGUUUCCGCUCGGGGGGUGCAGGAAGGAGCCGGGAAUGGUUUGUCUGCACUCGCUGAGGUCUCUGGUCCCCUCUGCUGUCCGCUGUUUAAUACGUCAAAAUGGAAUCCAUGUCCGUAACACGUCUGGGAUGUCUGCAGGAUACAAUCAGGCCAACGUGGUGAUUCUGCACAAGUCUUUAGCUGAUGAUUUUGAGAGAUUUUGCCGGGAAAAUACUGGUCCCCUGCCUCUGCUAUACCGCAGCGCUCCCGGGGAGUGGAAGUCUCCCCCCCUGAGCAAUGACUCCGAUAUACGCACGGAUUGUCUUCAGUAUCGGAGAUAUGAACAUGGCGUCUAUGCUGAGAGUCUCACCAGUCUGGAGAAUUACUCAGAGCAGCUGAAGGAUAUGGUGACUUUCUAUCUCGGAUGCAGCUUUUCCUUUGAGAGCGCGGUGCAGAAGCUCGGGGUCCCUGUGAGAUACGUGGAGCAGGGGCGGAAUGUCAGCAUGUAUAAGACGUCUGUGCCGUGCCAUCCAGCGGGCGCAUUUUCCUGUAAUCUGGUGGUGACCAUGAGGCCGAUUCCACAGCACAAGCUGGAGGCUGCAGCUAUUGCCACACACCCCAUGAAGAAAUGUCAUGGAGCUCCAGUGCACAUAGGUUCCCCAGAUUUUCUUGGGAUUAAAGAUCUUCAGAAGCCGGAUUAUGGGGAUGCGGUGCAGUCACUUCCUGGGGACGUCCCGGUGUUUUGGGCUUGUGGUGUUACCGGGGUGGAGGCCGUUGUUAGUUGCAAAUCUCCCUUGGCUUUCACCCAUUCUCCCGGCUCCAUGUUUAUCACUGAUGUAAAGAAUGAGGACUCCCCAUCCCCCGACCCCCAGGACGGUCCAGCGGUUGUACAGAUUUCCUCCGAUCCUCUGCAUUACAGCCUGGUCUCACAGCGCACGGCGCACAAAAUCAGAUUGUUGGAAGAAAUAGUUGCCAUAGACCCAGGUAACAGAGGUAUAGGGAAUCUGCUCCUUAAGGAUGAGCUGCUGAGGAGCUGCCUGUCUCUGUCUCACGCCCGAUCCGUCCUCAUAACCACCGGAUUCCCCACUCACUAUCAGCACGUUCCUCCCGAGGAGACGGACGGUCCCCCCGGGGCCCUCGCUAUGACCGCCACAUUGCAGGCCCUUGGAAAGAAGGUUGUCAUAGUUACAGAUGAACACGCCAUCGGCAUGUACAAAAAAAUUGUGGAAGAUGCGAUAGAUCAAGGAGUCCUGCGGGUCACUGUACCUGUGUUAUCCUACAAGGGAGAAACUCCAGAUUGUGCCGUGAAAUUUCUGUGUGAGAAUGGAGACCCGUCGGCCCCCAGGUUUGACCAUUUGAUAGCCGUAGAAAGAGCCGGACGAGCGAGUGAUGGGAAUUAUUACAACGCCAGGAAAGUCAAUAUCAAGCACUUGGUGGAUCCCAUCGAUGACCUGUUUGUCGCUGCACAGACCAUUCCCGGCAUCAGCACAACAGGGAUUGGAGAUGGUGGCAAUGAGCUGGGCACAGGCAAAGUGAAAGAGGCUGUAAAGAAAUAUAUCAGGAAUGGAGACACCAUCGCAUGUGAUGUGGCUGCAGAUUUCGUAGUGAUCGCCGGUGUGUCCAACUGGGGCGGAUACGCCGUGUCCUGUGCCUUAUACCUCCUGAACAUCUGUGAAAUUCAUGAACGUUACUUGAGAAAAGCAAUUGGAUUCCCGAAAUUGUCAGAGCGAGAGACCUGGGCCUCCUCACUCCCCUCUGUCCAGAAGGAGGAAAAGCUACUGGCGAUACUGGUGAAUCAUGGUAUCCGCAGUGGAUUUACUGGGAAUCUUGCCAUGGAAGUAGACGGUCUUCCAUUCUACGACGUUCAUUCGGACAUGAUCAAGCGGCUUCUUGAGGUCAUUGAGUAAUCGGUCGAUGUCACCAGGGCCUCCUCUUCUUCGCUCACCUUUCGCUCUCCCCGGAUGCUGUGACCUCAGACUCGCCGCGGGGCUCAGGUGGAUCGCAGACGUGGAGAAGGCUCGGGACGCCGGACCUAUCCUCCGGGGACGAGAAGCCCGCUCCGAGCCCUCCAUCUCCUCGCCAUGAUAAGACAUCCGAUUCUGCUUGUGACCAACAUCGACCAAGACUGGAGAACCAAAAAAAAAAAAAAAGAGCGCACAGUCUAGUGAGAACGGAUCGCAACGCUGAGCGGACGUGGCCCUGACACAGCGCACAGCGGCGGAUGCUGACCAAUCAGUGGACUGUCCUUAGAGAUCAAUGUAUCCAAUAGAAAGUGAUUUCUUAUGUAACAAUUUAGAAUAAAUGUUUAAAUUUCCUUAAAAA